CAGCGUAUAAUGGGUCUUAACACUAUAGGCAAUAUUCUUCUUAAGGCCAAACUUGGAAUCUAUGACAAUGUUCUCCAACAAAAUAUUCUAAAAGAAUUACUAGAUGCAGGAAUAUUCCUUUUACUUCGCUUUUCAAUGGAUGACUUAAGUCCUGCUGUUGUUUUCACCGCAUUAUCAGCAAUGAGAAAUCUGUUGUUUAGUGAGCCUGAUGAGGCUAGUUUAGAUUAUUACCUUGGUUGUGAAGGGAGCCUUCAACAACCCUUACUUGAUGUACCAUAUGAAGACAAUGAUGCCAAGAAAAUUCAGGAACAAAAGGAGCAAGAGGCUGAACUGAAAGAUUUUGAAAUAAUUCAACUAGAUGUCUUAAGAGGAGCCGAAAGAACAAACCUCAUUGUUCGUCUGGGUUAUAUUCUUGACGUUCUUAAAGGACCACCUGAUGUAGUUGUUGAUGUGCUUCUUAGAAUAGCUCGACAUUCCCGGGUAUUAGCUGAAACUAUCGUAAGCUGUGGAGGCCUUCUGCGAACUGUGCGUGACCAACUUUUAACCUCUCAUGUUGUGUCAUCUUUAGCUGCAGGAUUUGGGCAACCUGGCUAUGGUGAACCAAGUUCAAAGGCAUUAAGGUUGAUGCGUGUUCUUGCUGCUCACAGCCGCACUAUAGCAAACACUCUUUUGGAUAAAUUCAACAUAAUGGAGCCUGUGAUGACAUAUGUUAGUAUGAGCUCGCCAGAGUUGCCUCAAAUCCAGGGCUUGGUAAUUCAUGGUUACUACUUAUGGCAGACCCUCAUGAGUUAUGGAUUAGCAUCCCAGAGUAUUCUGGACUUGUUUCCGAUUUUGAUGAGACAACUUCAUUUUCAUGUUCAAUUAACCUCUGCCGUUGGAGAAGAGGCAACACCUUCCGGGCACGAACUUGCUACUGCUCUUAUUGGAGUCAUUGAAAAAGCUUGUUACAUUAUAUCAUCAGACCGGAAUAUUCUUGAGCCUAAACCCAUCUUUCAGUUAGCCAAGCUAGUAGCAGACUGCUUACGUAAAUGGCUAACACAGCUUUCAUUAUAUACUUCAGAAAAGCCAUUGUGGUCCUGUACAAAAAUGGUUGGGUCUGCUUUCAAUUGCUUAGCAGCAGUUGCAAAUUGUGCCAAAGAUCAGGACUCAAUGGAAUCUAAAAGUAUUUUAGAAAAAAUAGAAAAUCUUACUUAUGAUGCUGUAAUUCCUUUUCUAAGCAGUCCAUGCUUGCAAACUCUCCUUGAAAAUUUAAUACCAUCCUCACAUUUUUUAAAUACUGAGGAAGCAGGAACAAAGAGGGAUCCCGCUAACCUUCCUUCCCUCGGAGCCAUGCAGUGGGGUGGAGAAAGCCUUUCACCUUGCCUGCUGCCUGAGGCCCCACAUCCAUUGUUCUCAGGAUUACUGCGUUUCAUAGCGACAUUUUAUGGAGUAAUUGGUUCAUCAUCUAAUAAGCUCCAGUCACUUUUGUUAGAUAGCGUUGCUCUGGAAAGAUAUAUUGAAGCACUUGUUGUGAAGCCUUUGCGUAGUUCAAAUCAUUGGUUUUGCCGUCAAGAAGUGUAUAUGCUUCAUCAUCUUAUUGCUCUCAUUGUGCUGCAACCAGCAUUAGUUCCACCUAAAAAUAAGGUGAUGUACUCUCAACUUGCUUUAAGAUUGGUGGACUUGAUUCAAGCAAAUGAUAAACAUCUUAUUACAAGCCUCCUUCCAUCAACUGUUUUCAGCUCAGAAUUCAUGAGAUGGGGAAUGGACUCAGUUCCUUUGGAAACAAAAGACAAUGAUCUUAUUGAAGAAUGCUUAAAAAGAUUGCCUGUAACCGGUUCUCUUUACCUGGACAUGCUUGGUGUACGCUUCUCCAAAGUUCCCUCUCCAUCACAACGAAUUAGUCUCACAUCUCUUUCUAAAGGCACAGACCCAGCACUCCCUGUCGAUUGGCCUUUUGCUCCACUAUUACUAUUUUAUGGCCAGUAUAAUGCUCAGAAUAGGUCAAGAUGUUCAGAGCAACACACUAUAGAAAUGGUGACAGAUACACUAAAAUUCUUGUAUUUAACUGAAACAUUGUGGCCGAAGUCCAGAAGACCUCUGUCUGUUACAGCUAGGUGGUGUCGCCUAGCCCUUGUAUUCUUAGCUGGUUCAGAUUUGUUUUUAGAUGAAAAUGUGAGUAGGUACUUGAAAAAGAAUCUAGAUCAACUCCUUUUGCAGCGCACUAAGUUAGAUUUCAGUGAGAAAAUACCUGGGUUAUCAUCUUUCUAUGACCUGUAUGGAGAAUUACUACUUCAGUUUGCUGCUGUUUCAUAUGGUGAUGAACUAUUUGGUGCUUUCCUUCUACUGCCUCUGCAGCAGAGGCAAGACCCGCAGCUUCGAAGAAUGGUGUGGGGAGAAAAUGCAGUUGUUCUUCGAUCAUUAUCAACUCCUAUUUGUAAGGUGGGUGUUCCCUUAGAAGAGUACCUAGAACCUUGUGAAAGAGAUACUUCACUUCUUUCAGCUUAUGUGGUAUCAAUAGCCAGAGGUCAUGUAAAUGAAAGACGUUGUCCUGUGCUCUAUCGUGUGGCAGUCCAUCAUGUUGCUACUUUUACUAGCUUACACAAAGACCAUCCUUUUGCUAUUUCUCUUCAAAAACAAAUUUAUAACCUAGGAAACAAGAAAAUUCAAGAUUUAUUUCUGAAGUACCCAGCUAGUCUGCAGCAGACCUGAUUGUCUUUAUUAUUAUUUUUUGUCAGAGUUGCUGCUGUUUAUCAUAAGUGUAAUAUUUUAUUAAACCUGUAACAUUCUUAUCUAAGCAA